AUGGCUCCAGAAUUUGAGCUCCUGAGCACUACUACUCGAGUGUUCCAUACUCUCCAGGCUGUGGAGUAUGGGAACCUCAGAGCAGGAAACUCCGUACUUAGGCACCACAACUACAUCCAGAAACCGUCACUGAACGGAUUUUUGGAGAGUGCCGACCAUGAGCAAGGUUCUGUGGCAGGCUUAAGAUCCAUGAGCUGUUUGGAGGCUGAAGUUGUGACCUUCAGCGAUUCAAGAAAGCUGUAUACCAGACAUGAAAUUAUGCAGCAGGAAAUCAGGCCCUUGGUGGCAGUGGACAUAAUUGAACAACUUCACAGACAGUUUGCCAUUCUCUCAGGAGGUCGAGGGAAAGAUGGUGCCCCCAUCAUCACUUUUCCAGAGUUUGUGGGGUUCAAACACCUCCCAGAGGAAGACUUCCUGAAUGUCAUGACCUACCUGACUAGCAUCCCCAGUGUGGAGGCUGCGAGCAUCGGAUUCGUCAUCGUUAUCGACCGGCGAAGGGACAAGUGGAGCUCCGUAAAAGCAUCAUUGACACGAAUAGCUGUAGCAUUUCCAGGAAACUUGCAGCUCAUAUUCAUCCUUCGUCCAUCUCGCUUUAUCCAGAGGGCAUUCACUGACAUUGGCAUUAAAUAUUAUCGAGAUGAAUUUAAAAUGAAAGUGCCGAUCAUUAUGUUAAACUCUGUGUCUGACCUUCAUGGCUACAUUGACAAAAGCCAACUGACAGAGGACUUAGGGGGAACUUUGGAAUACCGCCAUAAUCAAUGGAUAAAUCAUCGAACUGCCAUUGAAAACUUUGCCAUGACAUUGAAGACCACUGCCCAGAUGCUCCAGAUGUUUGGGGUCUGCCUAGCCACAACAGAGCUACCCAGAGGCAUGCUGUCCACUGAAGACCUCCUCAUGUCCCACACGAGGCAGCGGGACAAGCUCCAGGAUGAGCUGAAAUUACUUGGAAAGCAAGGGACCACAUUACUGUCAUGUAUUCAAGAAACAGCAACCAAAAGUCCUACCAGCAAACUCAAUCCCAAUGAACUAGAGAAUGUAGCUACCAUGGAAAGGUUAUUACUUCAGUUGGAUGAGACAGAAAAAGCCUUUAAUCAGUUUUGGUCUGAGCAUCACUUGAAGCUUAACCAAUGCCUACAACUACAACACUUUGAGCACAAUUUUUAUGAGGUUAAGCUUGCCCUGAACAAUUUGCUGGCAGAGCAAGUAGAGUUUACAGACAUUGGAGACAGUGUGAUACGCGUGGAGCAACUUCUUAAGGAACAUAAAAACCUGGAAGGAAAAGGCGAGGAGCCCUUGGAAAAGGCCCAGCUGCUUGCAAUAAUUGGGGACCAGCUCAUCCAAAGCCACCAUUAUGCAGCCGACUCCAUCAGACCCAGAUGUGUAGAGCUCAGGCACCUCUGUGAUGACUUCAUCAAUGAAAGCAAGAAAAAGCGUGACAUUUUAGAGAAGUCCUUGGAGUUGCAUAGACAGCUGGACAAGGUCAGCCAGUGGUGUGAAGCAGGAAUCUACCUUUUGGCUUCCCAAGCUGUAGACAAAUGCCAGUCACGAGAGGGGGUUGACGUUGCCUUGAACGACAUUGAGGCAUUUCUGAGUACGGCGAAGGAGUACCAGUUGCCCAGCCACAUGGAGUUUUACAGCCAGUUCGAGUUGAUACUCACCAUUGACGUCAAGGCCAGAGCCCAGGAAGUCCUGCAGAAGCUGGGCGAUGUGCAGGAAAUAUUUCACAAGAGGCAAAUGAGUCUGAUGAAACUGGCCGCCAGACAAACUCGCCCAGUGCAACCUGUGGCCCCCCAUCCUGAGUCCUCCCCAAAAUGGGUGUCACCGAAAACCAGCCAGCCCUGCACCUUAGCUCCUCUUCAGAGGACAUCUGAGGAAACUUAUACAGGGACAUUGGAAAAGGAAGACGAUGAGACUAAAUUUGAAGUCAAAAAUGAAGAAAUACUGGAAGGCAGUCACGAAGGGAAGAACCCUGAGCCAGAGCAGCCCGACCGUCAUGAAAGUCUUUCCCCCACCAGGCGCAUCAUACAUGACCUGCUUGAGACGGAAGAGAUUUAUGUAAAAGAGAUUAAGAGCAUAAUUGAUGGAUAUAUCACUCCAAUGGAUUUUAUUUGGCUGAAGCAUCUGAUUCCAGACGUUCUUCAGAAUAACAAGGAGUUUCUCUUUGGGAAUAUUAGAGAACUUUAUGAAUUUCACAACAGGACUUUUCUAAAAGAAUUAGAAAAGUGCACCGAAAACCCUGAACUUCUGGCACGCUGCUUUCUCAAGAGAAAAGAAGAUCUUCAAAUAUAUUUUAAAUACCAUAAGAAUCUGCCCCGAGCUAGGGCAAUCUGGCAAGAAUGUCAAGACUGCACCUUCUUUGGGGUAUGCCAGCGCCAACUGGAUCACAAUCUCCCUCUUUUUAAGUAUCUCCGAGGACCAAGCCAGAGACUUAUAAAAUACCAGAUGCUGUUGAAGGGUCUGCUGGAUUUUGAGUCUCCUGAGGAAUUGGGGAUAGACUCCGCUGACCAAGAAGGAGCCUUGGCUAAGAAUGGGCCAAAGAGGACCAAGGAUUCCGCAUUCUCAGCUGAACUACAGCAAGCUUUGGCCAUGAUGGAGGAUUUGAUCAAGUCCUGUGAGUUGGCUGUGGACCUGGCAGCAGUCACUGGAUGUCCGGACGAUAUCAGGAAACUGGGCAAGCUGUUGAUGCAUGGCUCUUUCAACGUCUGGACAGUUCACAAGGAUCGUUAUAAAAUGAAGGAUUUUAUCCGAUUUAAGCCCAGCCAAAGGCAAAUCUAUCUAUUUGAAAGGGGAAUCGUGUUCUGUAAGAUUCGAAUGGAGCCCAGUGACCAGGGCCUCGCUCCUCAUUACAGCUUUAAGAAAUCUAUGAAGUUGAUGACACUUUCAAUUCGCCAGCUUGGAAGGGGGAGCAGCCGAAAGUUUGAAAUUGCCAACCGAAAUGGACUCGAGAAAUACAUCCUGCAGGCAGCUUCAAAAGAAAUCAGAGAUUGUUGGUUUUCAGAAAUAAGUCAAUUACUGCUGGAACAACAAAACAAUAACAAAGAACUUUACCCAAUGUUGAUCCUCAUAGCAGCAGGGAUAUUUGGUAGGAAAAUCCGCAAGCUGCAUCAGUUGAAUUCAGAUAUUUCCUUCAGCAAAGACAUUGGAGUGGAAUUUGUACCCUGGAUUGAAAAUAUGGAAAGAGCUACCAGCAGUAAGGAAGACCCAGUCCCCAGCAUACAUGGGAUUAAAGGCUGCUCCAGCAGAGAGUUUAUCUCCAUGGCAACCUCUGAGGAGCCUGAAGGUGCAGAAGAAAUGGAAAAGGAGAGCAGUGCUCUCAGUCUAUCCGGACUUUUCCAGUUGGACGACAGUUAUGAAACGUGUUCCUCCAAAUCUGUCCUGGAAACGGGAGAAAGCAUCCAGGGUAAGAAAGAAGGUGGCGACGAGGACCUGUGAGUGUGAAAGAGGAAAGAACAGUGAGCGAAUUGGUGAGUCAUUGCUCCCCUGACUCUUCUUGGAAUUUCAGGACAACAAACAAAACUAAUAAGCCAGUGUGCACCGGCUUGCUCGCCCCUGGGGGGGGGAGACGACUAAUCU